UCAUUUAUCUUUGCCACAGAUUUUCGUAAUUAUUAUUUUGAACAAGGAAUAAGGUUAUUUUAUGUUCGUAAAAAUAUCCAAAUUAUUUUCGACAUGAUAACUAGGUUUCUCAAAAUAUAUAAUCAAAUACUCCGAAAAUACCCUGUGAGUAUUCAAUGUUUUCAAACUGGGUUAUUGGUAGGUUCAGGUGAUGCUCUUUGUCAAUCCAUUGUGGAGCAUACCUCAAUUUUGGAAUUCAACUUGCGGAGAGCUUUAGAAUUUUUUGGUGUAGGAGCUUUUAUUAUAGGACCACCAAAAGUUUAUUGGUUGAGAACACUUUCUGAGCGGGUAACAGGAAGGAAUGAAAUUUUCGUUGUUAUACGAAAGGUGAUUUGGGAUCAGCUGCUCUUCGCACCAUUGGGCCUUGUGCUAUUUUUAGUAUCUCUAGCGUUGGUUCAAGGAAAAAUGUCAUCCGAAAUCCAACGAAUUUUAUCGGAAGAUUUUCCUAAGAUAUUACUGACCAAUUACAAAGUAUGGCCUGUUAUCCAAUUGAUUAAUUUUUACUUGGUACCACUUCACCAUCAAGUUCUGUUUAUUCAAACUGUUGCUAUUCUUUGGAAUACCUAUAUGUCUUGGAUGACUCACUCACAUGGGAAAUAUGAGGGAGUUGGGAACGAUGUAGAUUCUGAAAAACAAGUUGAAACUUGAUAUAGCCAAAGAGUUGUUACUCUUUGAUUGAACUGAAAUACUAUAAUUUUUUCAUGAUAAUUGAAAGUGAUGUUGAAAUAAAUCUGAAUGAAGAACAUUCAGAAUA